UGCCAACUCAAUUUUAUAGUGGAGCAAUCAGUAACCAAAUAAACAAACAAAUCACAACACAGACACAUUGGCUAUGGCUUACAUAGACAGUAAGCAAAAAUUUAUCCUACUGUUAAUUUUUUCAGCACUUUUACUAUCUUCUCCUGCAGUUCUUGCUAAACGUCGCCCAAUCUCUGAUGGAGAGAUCAGAGAGAAGAAACUCCAAUGCUAUGCAGAUAUUGAAAGUGGGUUGUGGGGUCAGAAGUGCAAGGCUACAACAGUAGACAAGGAGAAUUGUGCUCUAGAAUGCUUGUCACCAAUUUGUUAUGAGCGCGUUUAUAAGAGUGAUCCUUUGGAGGAAGGGGAAAAGGAUACUGUAAGGAGUCAAGAAUACAAGUACUGCAUGCACAAGCAUUCCCUUGGGCAGAGCUUGGAUGAUAUUAAAGGUUCCUUCGAGUGGUGAACUGGCAAAAUCUGCUAGCGUGGCCUGUGUACUCCUGCAUCUUUUCCCAUUAACAACUUCCUGUUGUAUGUAUUGUGUCUAUCGUGUGGAUGCUCAUUGAUUUGUACUAAUCUGUAACAAAGUACAACUUUCAGAGAUUAAGGUUUUGUUUUCCAUUUCUUUCCCUUGGGGUGUUCUGGAACAACUAUGGUUGCUUGUAAAUUCCUCUGAUCUUGACAGUGGGGGCAAUAUUCUUACAAAUUUAUUUCAAUUCAACCGGUUAUAGCAAGUUAUGCUCUAUUUUCC